AUGCCUACGCAGUUAGAAGAAUUGGUGUCUUUUUUGCACUCCCCCCAGCCCGCAGUCAAGCAAAUUGCUCUAGACAAUUUAGUUGGAUUUAGCACUGGGACGAAUGCUGUCAUUUUCAAAUAUGACAACUACAGAGCCCUUGAAGAUUUGAAAAUUUUGGCUAAAGAUAAUUCGAAGACUAUAGUUCAACAGGCUGUAACAGUUUUGGCAAAUUUGUGUGGCGAUCGCAUAAUGCGGAAACUGAUUGCUGAUGAUACUGAUUUUCUCGAAUAUCUCUCUUGGAAAAUAUGUGAUAUCAAUAAUACUAGUGCCGACAUAAUGUGCAUUUUACUCACCAAUCUAGCCAAAGAAAACAAUAUCACAAGUAUUUUCAACUUCACAAAGAAGGAUUCGGAUGGAAUUCCACUAGAUAGAACGGUGUUCAAAAGUAGCAAAGUUAUAGACUGUUUGAUGGACUGUUUUGUGAAGGGAUACGAUAGAAAGCUGAAUAGAUUUGCAAAUUUCGACUAUCUGGCCUAUUUCUUCGCUGACCUCUCGAGGUUCUUGAAGGGAAGGGAGUACUUCAUUCACAAGCAAGAUUAUGAUGGAGUCGUUCCUAUUUCUAAACUUUUGGUCUUCACUGAGGAUUACGACUCCAAGACUCGUCGAGAAGGUGUGGCUUCGACAAUCAAGAACUCGCUGUUCGAUUCUGAAAAGCAUGAAGAUCUUUUGACGAAUGAAGACAUCAACUUGUUGCCAUAUAUUCUCCUCCCCAUUGCCAAUGGCAAGGAUUCCGAAAUUGACGAGGAGGAUUUAUUUAAAUUACCGGACGAACUUCAAUUACUUCCAGAAGAUAAACAGCGUGAUCCUGUUCCUGAAAUUGUUUGCGUGCAUUUGGAGAGCAUCCUGCUACUAUGUACAACAAAAGCAGGCAGAGAAUACCUGAGGAGUAAAUCUGUGUACCCACUCAUUCGAGAAUUGGAGAAAAAUGUCGAAAAUGAAGAUAUCAGUAUAUUGUGUGACAGAGUGGUUAACAUGCUCAUGAGAGGGGAGAUUUCAUCAGACCAGAUUGAAGAAAUGCCCUCCAAGAAUUACGAAGAUGAUCCUCAAGAAUCCGAAGAUGAUAAGGAUGAUGAUGACGAUGAUGACGAUGAUGACGAUGAUGACGAUAAUGCCAUUGUAGAAGUUAUUUAA